UCUUGAGUUAUUAUUAUAAUUAUUUUCACUUUUGCAUCAUUUGGAAGUAGUUUUGUGUCUCCCUGGCCUGAGCUGCUGCAUAACACGACAUGCCGGCAUGAUGGCAGGUCGAAGCCAGCAGCUCCGCUAUUUAGCCGCUGGUGCAGGCGGAGCAUUGUGCGGAUAUGUCCUGCAUCGACCGAGAAAAAGAAGAGACCAUCAUGGAGAAGAACAAGUCCAGACUGCGACAGAGACUAACCAUGUCUACGGGCCUGUACAGUAUGACUUUGAAAAAGCAAAGUUGGACAGCAAGCUGCUGGUCAGAGAAGCCCAGGAGCUGAGUAGGUCGCCUGGCGUGACUGUGUCCGUGGGAGUGAACGGGCAAGUAGUGUGGAGUGAGGGCUUUGGCAUGGCGGACGUGGAGAACAGGGUGGCGUGCCGUCCCGAGUCCAUGAUGCGCAUAGCGAGCAUCAGCAAACCCAUCACCAUGCUGCUGCUGGCACGCCUAUGGGACGCGGGCAUGGUGGAUCUGGACGCGCCGGUGCAGAAGUACGUUCCGCAGUUCCCGAAGAAACGCUUCAACGGCGAAGACGUGGAGGUCACCACACGCAUGCUUGUGCACCACAUAGCCGGUGUGCGUCACUACACAAAGGCUGUGCCCACUGUUACUGGGCAAGAUACUGUCCAAGCAAACAGCAGCAGCAGCAAGCCUGACAAUAGCAACAGUGGCGGCACAAGCGAAAGCAACAGCAACGACAGCAACUCAGCCUGCAGGGAUCAAAACAGCAAGCAGAGCAAUAGCUCGCAGGUCAGCGGCGGAGAUGAUGUGACGCUUCCCGAGUAUCAUAUAAUGCGUCACUACGACAGCGUCGGCGAGUCCCUAGAACUGUUCGCCAAUGACGCGCUGUGUCACAGGCCUGGUAGCAAGUACCUGUAUACGACACAUGGCUGGACACUCGUCAGUGCGGUCAUUGAAGGGGCUGGUGGCCGACCGUUCACAGAUCAGCUCGCUGACAUGCUGUACCAGCUUGGUCUGGAGCAUAUUCAAACGGAAUUGAUGGAGAAGUUGAUUGACUAUCGUGCACGGUGCUACCAGCUGGAUGACAAGAAGCAAGUGGUGAAUUCGCCGUAUGUGGACAACUCUUACAAAUGGGCCGGUGGUGGUCUGCUUGCUACAGCCGAAGAUAUUGUGGAGUUUGGCUUCUGCAUGCUGACCGCAUACUUUGGAAAGCCUAUACGGAAGUGUGAACAUACAGCUGUCCACCCUAGGCCAUGUCCACAGUGUGCACCAUACAUCAAGGAUAGCACAGUGAAAGAGAUGUGGACUUUUCACCCAGCUACUGUCAAGAAGAAGACCGGCGUAGGCUACGGCAUGGGGUGGGAAGUGGCACCGGACUUGAAGCCAGACAGCAAGUAUAGUUUUGCCACCAUAUCACAUACGGGUGCAGCUGUGGGUGCAAGCUCUGCACUUGUCAUCAUACCACGCAGUGAGAAGUCACCGCAUAGCGUGGUGGUAGGAAUCAUAUGCAACAUGGAAAGCGUGGACCUUGAGCCGACAGCGCAAACCAUCGGGCAGAUGUUUCUACAAGAAGCUGCAGAGCAAGAUCGACAGAAAGCAUCAGGUCUCUAAGCAAGAAAUCCCAAGUGUCUCAGUGAGUACAGGAUAUUGUUGUAGAUACUGCCUCUGCCAGCAUGUGCCCUUGUAAGUGUGCGUCAUCAGUUGCGUUCACAGUUUUCAAGGCUCUCAGAGUCAUUAUGUUAGCCGCACUUCCAGCGACACAAGCUUUUCUAUUCAGCCGACUUCCUUUUGAUUUUUAAACUCAAGAUAUCGGAAGGAAAUCGCAUACUAGUAAUCAACAUUGAUAACCCAUCUCUGAAACAAAAUUCCAUGGCACACUUCACAUUGCCAUAAUUUGUAUCAAAAUCCAUUAUUUAAAAAAAUCAUUUUUUAAAAGUUUUUUUUACGUCACUCCAUUUUUAAGUGACAUCGUCCUCCUUAUUGCGAUAUCAAAAAUUGUUGUCUCCUCGCCGAACGUUUUUUUAAUAAUAAUUAUUUUAUAUUUGA